AUGUCACUAACACUGAAACAACACGAAUCGGAUGACCUUCAUAUACCACUCCGACCGAGUAGUGGUGAUGAUGGUGACUGUUCCUGUUCCUCCUCAUCAUCAUUGACGACAAGACUAAACCAAAUCAAACACAAAAAACACUCCAUCACAAGAGUCUCCUUCCUUUCCUUUUCUCUUAUUUCUCAUCAUUUACUUUUUCUCGUCACUCUUUCUCUCAAUUUGUAUUGUCUCUUUCAUCUACUACUACAACGAGUACAAGGAUUCCAUUCAUUUCAUCAUGAUCGACUCGAUCAUCCCUCUCACAAAUCUACAACAAACUCGAACCACUCUCCAUUCCUUCAUUCUAUUCUCAACAUUCCCUCAACUUUUGUCUAUUCUCAACAACAUCCAGAAAUUAUUGAUGAAGAUGGAGCCACUCUCUUAAAAUCGAAAUGUAAAUCUCAUUCAUCUUCCAUUCAUGAUUUUUAUACUUGUGUUUCGAUGGGUGAUUGUUUACUCUCCACACAAAGCUAUCCCAUGAAAUGUACUACCAUUAGUGAAUUACCAAAAGUAUUUAUAGAACCAUUACCACAUACCUAUUAUGGUGGUGGUGAUGGUGGUGGUGGUGUUGAAAUUAAUAAUAAUAAUAAUGGUGGUGGUGAUGGUGGUGGUGGUGGUAAGAAUGACAAGAAUAAUGAUCAUACUCAAAAAUUGAAAUGUAAAUAUGAUUCAGAUUGUAUGGUGGUGUAUCAUGAAAAAUUUAGAUGGAAUUGUUGUUAUGAACAAUAUUGUGAAGCCUUACAAUCCAUUGGAAUGUUAAAUAAUAAUGGAGAUUCUAGUUCGACUAUUAGAUCUAUGAAUAGUAAUAGCAUGAACAUUCCAUACAAUCCCAAUGAUUUUUCAAGUAUUAAUAAGGAAUGGUAUGGUUCGAAGCAAUUUGAAAUUUGUAAACAUUCCAUCUAUUCGUGUGAGUCUAAAAAUAGUAUUUAUAAGAGUAUUACUAAUUCUGGUACUCAUUCUCUACAAGGUACUAAUUCUGGUACUAAUACUUUGAGUGAGAAUACUAUUAGUAAGGACAAUCCUAACAACAACAACAACCUACUCUCUCGUAACAAACAAUGUUAUCAAACCUAUCUCAAUUUAUUUGGAUCCAAUUCUCUCUUCAUUUAUGGUGAAAAUAUCAAAUUGAAACCCUAUUGCAAUACAUUGAAACAAGAAUGUGCAUUUUACAAUACCAUUUCCACCAAUUUGGCCACUGGAAUGUAUAAUAAUUUAUUUCACAUGAUGUAUUCCAUGAAAUCAUUUGUAUUGGUAAUGAUGAUGGCAUUGACUUUGGUGUUAGCAUGUUACAUGAUAUUGAAAUCAGAAUGGAUUGGAUUGAAUUUAGGAUUGAAUUUAGGAUUGAAUGGAUGUUGGUGUUGUUGUUGUUUGGGUCGUCUCUCAACAACAACAUCAACAAUUAUUAAAAAUAUAGAAAAUGAACAAGAAGUGAGUAUGAAAGACUACAAGUACACACAAUUAAAAGUCGUGUGA